GAAUGAUUGCGGAUUUGCAAGUUUAAGACGGAUUAAUAACUUGCUGCUCAGCCCUCAGAUGGGUUUUAACAAAACAAAAAAAAAAAACAAAAUGGAUUCCUGGUUGUUGAUACUUUCACUCCUCGCGGUGCUUGAUGGAGGACAAAGCUGCUCCUACCCACAGUACAUCCAGAAUACUACUUGGCUGGACAGCACAAAGGGUCGCGUGGUGUACGGGGACCAAACCAUGACAGGCUGGGCCUUCUACGCCUUCUCUCAGCUAAUCUCAGACUGGGAGUGCUUCCUUAAAGAUGACCACUUCAUUGUCUCAAGGUCAACUACAACAAUUAAAGUAUUUGGAGCGGAGGUGCAUGCCUAUCUCUGUCAGAAGCCGAGUUUGAUUGGGGAGAACGCCAUUUAUUACUAUACAAUGACAGAUGAGGAGGAAAAUGCUGGGAAAGAAAGGGUUCACGUGACUGCAGCGGACAUCAGUGGAGUUUGUACCGUGUGUAAUUCUGCUUCUUCCCCGACUGAUGAGGAGUUCCGAGUUCUGGUCAAAGAAGGGAGCAGCGAUAUGCCUGCAUUGUCCGUAUCUCCAGUUGUCGGGUGCAAUCCUUGUGUCCUGCAGUGCGAUAUACCGGGAUCUCCGCCUGUACCGACCACGACAAGUCACAGUCCAAUCAAAGACGUUGUUGAAAUAACACACAAAAAGCCAACAAUAAAAGCAGCGGACACGGAUGGUGAUGAACAAUUAAAACACAAAACUAAUGCUGGACUCGUCGUAGGCAUUGUCAUUGCAAUUUUAGCGUUAUUGUCUGUUGGUAUUGGUGCUGUAGUUUGGUACUUCCGGUUUAGAAAGUAAAUAAAUGUAAAAAAUUGUACACGUCUCUGUGUCUGAGCUAACAAUUAUAUGAUACAUGUACAUUUGUCAAAACUAACAAAUUCAGAAGAUGAGACUGUCACUCAGCCAACUGAAUGGUACUGAAUCAUUCUAUCAUCUUCACGUUACUUACAGUCACUACUUUGUUGGCUGUACGACAGAGUUUUAUCUUGUAAAAUGUUUAAUGAUUCAGGUAUGGUAAUUAAUACUUCUAGCAAGAAAAAGCGACUUAUGGUAAGGAAUAUCGACUCGCUAACGUUCUACCUUAUGAAAAAGGUGAUAUUAUAUGAAAUUAGCCCCGUAGCGAGAAGAUGCGUAAACUAUGGAUUUUGUUUAAUCACUUUACAUCUAAAAGCAUUCUCCUUUGGUCUUGAUCAUACUUAAUUAAACUUUACAUGGAUGAUAAACAAAUUGUUUUUACUAUCAAUAGUGACAAAGUCGAGAUCAAACUCUGAUGUAUCAUCAUAGUCAAUUUUUGCAAUUUGAGACAAUUUGUCGUCAGUUUAAAGUUACACACGUACACCAAAAGCCUUCCCAGUAAACUUAGGCAACGCAAAACCUAAAGUACAAGGUACUCUAGAAUUCAUUGCAAAUCAUUCCUUGCACCGAAGGCGGGCAUCAAUUUAGAUUUUUCUUUGUCUAAAUCUUUUUCUAAAAGACUGUUAAUAUCUCAUUGCCUAACUAACGGGAAAUCAGAAUUUAUUGAAGUUUGAAUAAUGAACCUGAUCACGAAGGUCCGUACGUGAGUGACGCCAGGGUCUAUACACGAACAAAAUUAAGGCCAAGGUGGCACGCGCCAAGUUAUGAAAGCGUUUCAAGGCUGUUAAAAAGUCAUGAAAAAUGCACAUCAUUAACCCAAGAGUAAAAGUGACAAUGCAACAAUGUAUACCUAUGGUUUUUGUCUCCAAGAAUAAUCUGAACAUCAUGUAUCAUUAAAGCGUUAUUAUCAUAAUUGUUUUAUCAUAAUAAGACAUUUUAAUAUGUCAUAAGAAUAAAUAUUAUAUUCCAAUUAUUGUAUCUGUAUAUAGUUGCUGUCAGUAAAUUCGUUUUUAGGACCACCAUAAGAACUAGUUUUGUAAGCUAAUUGUGCUAUCCUGCGUAUAAAUAAAAGGCAUUAUCAUUAUUAUA